UUAAACAAAAUCAAAGUCCAACAGUUUCAGUAUCGCACAACUGUUUUCGCGCAUUGGUCGCACUAUAUUCGGUAUUUAAAUACCGUCCUAUCGAUACAUCGAACAGCGCCAUCGAUAGCCAGCAGCUGACAAUGAAAAUAAAAUAGCAAACAAGAGCACGGAACACGAAACCGAAAAUUUAAGUAUACAUAGAACUGACAAAAUGGUUUGCGUGCCUUGUUUCAUCAUCCCGCUUUUGCUCUACAUUUGGCACAAGUUUGUGCAGCCCAUAAUUUUACGGUACUGGAACCCGUGGGAGAAAAAGGACGCACAAGGCAAUGUGGUUAAAGCAGGACCUGAGUUUCCCUUUGCAUGCAAAGGUGGCGUUUGCCCAUUUGUUCCAAGUGGCAAUAAACCAAAAACGGAGGACGGUGCUCAAGAUGCUGCUCCAUCAUCAACUUCUGCUGAGGGAGGCAAUGACGUACCAACAACAGCAACGACGACGGCAAAAGUAGCAGUGGAGGCAGCAGCAGAGUCCAAAAAGCAAAUUUAGAUUUAGCGUGUGUGCGGUUUUUUUUUUUUUGCCUGGCCUUUUAGUUUAAUUACACACAUAUGUAUGUAACAAACAGUGUGCUCAUUCCAUUUACAACAGCGCCAACAUAUGUACAUACAUACGUGCAUAUACAUACAUACAUGUUGAGUGUGUCCUUGAUACCUUGACAUGCAAAAACAUUCGAGGAUAUACAUACAUACAUGCAUAUAUGUAUAUGUAUGUAUGUAAGCGUAGAAGGCGUUCGUUGGCAUGCAACCACAUGAACUAGUUGAAUAAAACCAAAAAUUUUUAUACGAAGUUA